AUGGUCAAUGAUCUGUCCAGUGAAUUGCCUUUGUACAAGUAUGUUGACGAUUGUGCCAUCUCGGAAGUCGUUAGAGUAUGUGAACCGGAUCUACCAAAAUUACAGCAAGAACUUGACAACGUGACCCAGUGGUCAAGUGCGAACAACAUGAAGUUGAACGUUAAAAAGCUAAAGAUUUCACCCGGUCAUUUUUGA